UUCGAAGAUAGUGUUCAAUAACUACUUCCGGUCAAAACAUGCCGUUUGUUUUGAUUUGUGGCUUUCCAUCCAGUGGCAAAUCUACACGAGCACAACAACUAAAGGAACAUUUCAAAGCUAAAACUGUUAAUGUUAUAAGUGACCAUAGUAUUGGAGUUGACAGAAAUUCAGUCUAUGCAGAUUCUAAAAAGGAAAAGGAAAUAAGAGGAACUUUAAAAUCUUCAGUACAAAGGUUACUUAACACAGAUGAUAUAGUUAUCUUAGAUUCCCUAAAUUAUAUUAAAGGAUAUCGAUAUGAAUUAUACUGUAUAACAAAGUCAUGUAAAACUCCACAUUGUGUUUUGUUAUGUGAUAUAAGUAAAGACAAGGCUAAAGAAUGGAACAGUUUGAAACCAGAAGAAGACAGAUAUUCGGAUGAAAUAUUAGAAGCUUUAUUUAUGAGAUUUGAGGAACCUAAUCCAAACCAGAGAUGGGAUAGUCCAUUAUUUGUUAUACAGGCAGACGACACAUUACCAUUCCAGCAGAUAGAAGAUGCUUUAUUUAACAGGAAACCACCUCCUCCAAAUAUGGCUACUCAAAAUCAACCCUUAUCAUCAACAAAUUUUCUUUACGAGCUAGACAGAAUUACACAAGAAAUUAAUAGCGUUAUAAUGGAAAGCCAAAAGACAGGUGUACCAGGGGACUUCAUAUCAGUACCAGGAACUCAGGAAAAAAUACAAAUGACUCGUGUUUAUACAUUGGCAGAAUUACAGAGACACAAAAGACAGUUUAUAACUUACACAAAGAUGCAUCCAGUCGAAGACACUUCCAAAAUAACAAGCAUGUUUGUUCAAUAUCUAAAUAAUUGUCUAAGGUGAUAACAAGCAUGUUUGUUCAAUAUCUAAACAAUUGUCUAAGAUGAUAACUAAACAAAUGUCUUAAGUUAUAUAAUUUAGAUAUAUCCAUGGCCUCAUAGAGUUUGUUUAAAGAUUGGAGCUUGAAAGGUGUUAAAAAAUUGUCCUAGCUUAACAAUUUUUUUCAGAUUUUGAAAACUAAUUCCUGAAAUAAACUUCAGAUCAAUUUUUGGAUAUUCAAUUAUAUCCAGCUAGUUUUUAUAAAAAAUGAAAUAAAGGUUUUUAAAUUACAACCAAUACAAACUUUUCCCAAGAAACAAGUUGGUCAACAAUUCACUUACGUUACCGGUAAAUUAUGUAAUCACAUUAUUAAGUUUGAAUGCUUUUUUACUUUAAUGCAUGUAUAACUUAUCCUGUAUAUAUACAGUAAAACCUGUCUAAACUGAAAUCCCCUCUAAACAUUAUUUUUUUUAAGUCCAGUUAUAUGAAAUUUAAUGUGUUGUGAACAUGAUACUAAGUAGAACCAAACAUCUGCCAAAACCAGAGCUUAAAGUACAGAAGAGGUUUGGUUUAGACAGAUUUCAAUGUAUUAACUAUUUUGUCUUUCAUUUUUUUAAAUGCUUGAUUAACCAUUGUUUUAUUCCUGCUUCAAUAACUGAAUGUUCCAAAGGAGCUUUCAAGUUUAUACUGUGUUUGAAAAUGCCAUUGAAAUUUAGUGAACAAAAUAUCUGUUGAUAAAUACUGGGACAGGAAUGGUUAAAAGUACAUGUGCUGUAAUAAGAUAAUAACUAUUUAAUGCUAUUUUUCAAAGUGAUGUAACAUUCUUGUUUGUGCAAUAUUGAAACUAUGGUCAGAGAAAAUAAAUAUUUUCAAAACA